AUGCCCGCUGCCGCGGAGGAUGAACGCGUGCGCGUUUUUGCGCGCAUCCGCCCCCCGCAGGCUUCAACCUUGACCGCCGCCGCGACGACGAAGCGCGACGACCGUCGCGUGACCGUGUCUAACCCUACCGCGGCGAUCUCGUCUCGGCGGGAAUUUCGCGUUGACAAAGUUUUCGACGCCACCGCGACGAACGAGGACGUGUAUCUCGGCGUCGGCGCGCCCAUCCUCGAUGCCGUCCUGGCGGGUUGUCACGGCAGCAUCCUUGCGUACGGUCAGUCCGGCUCGGGAAAAACGUAUUCUAUGUUAAACGACGACGGAGACGUCGCCGCCGCGGGGAUCGUUCCGCGAGCUGCGGUCGAUCUCUUUAAGCGGGUUCGCUUCGACCAGGCGUACGUCUAUGACAUCGCCAUUUCGAUGGUGCAAAUAUAUAACGAGACGGCGAUCGACCUCCUCACGAACUCGGGAGCAUCCUUGAAGGCGACACAAAGGAAGGACGGAGCUGGCGGGUUCGAGCUCGCCGACUGUGAAUGGCGGCAUUGCCGCGACGCCGUCGACCUCCUUGGGAACUUUCGUCGUGGACGAACAAACCUGAUAUACGCGGAGACGAAGAUGAAUCGUCACUCGUCGCGAUCCCACUGCGUACUGCUUGUCCGGGUCAAUCGCGUCUCGCGCGCGGCGUCGUCGUCGACUGACGAAUCCACCGGUUGCAAACUCUACACGCAGUUGCAAGGUCUGUUGACCAUUGUCGACAUGGCUGGCAGCGAGCGCGCGAAGAAAUCGCAGUCGCAAGGCGUCAGGUUCAACGAGGCCACGCACAUUAACGGCAGCCUGCUGACUUUCGGAAACGUAGUGCAUGCGCUGGCCGAAAAACAGAUGCACGUUCCAUUUCGCGACAGUAUGCUCACCAAGCUUCUCGAAUCGUCCCUUUCCGGGCGAAGUCGCACGGCGUUGAUCGUCUGCGUCGCGCCAGAAACGGAACAUGCCCACGAGAGCAUCACAUCUUUGGAGUUGGCGGCGCGUUGCAUGCGCGUUGAAUCGAGACCGAUUGUU